GCUAUGAAUGCCCAAUGAGAAUCAGAGGGAAAGAUAUCAGGCGUAGUCAAACAUAGACAGUGAUGCUGUGCCUUUACUGCAAAUAACUUAGAACUGGCUGGAAGCGAAGUCUAAGAAUCUGCUGACAAAAAGAAGGAAUCAUGGGGACUGCAAAUGACAAGAGCGAAUGUAACCUGAAUGUUAUACUACGGAAAUUCCUUGAUGGCCUAAAGACUUCUGAUAUGAAGAAAUCGAAAUCUGAAGUGACAGAUAUCGUCAAGGAAAUUAUUACUCGAAUUGAAACAAAGGAUUCGAGAUUCAAGAUGGGUUUAGAAUACCGAGGAAGUGUUUACGAGAAGCUGAAAAUAAAUGAAGCAGACGAAUUUGAUUUUGAUCUACCAAUAACACAGCUGACUAUCGACGAAGCUCCGAAGAAAAGAGUUCCAGAUGUGCCUUCUGAGUACACCUUCUACACACUGAGGCCAGCACUCCAAGAAGCUUGGAAAAACCUUGCAGAUCCUGAUGGGAAGCAUUUGUCUGCAGAGCGGGUUGUUCAAGCAUUUUCAAACCUUGCAAGGCAAACCAUUAAUGACAUGAAUAAAGAGGGAAAAACUGGCUUUGAAACAAAUCACCCUGCUGUAACGAUAAUUUGCAAGAAAAAUGGUGAAAAAGUCUAUGACAUUGACCUGGCUCCUGUCAUUGAAGUUAGAAAAUGGCCUGAAAAUUUGACUUUGGGUUGGGAGAAGCGAACAAAGAAAGGUUGGCCCUCAGAGGAGUUGAUCAAGAAAAUCAAAGAAACGUCUUCAGUUUAUCUGGUACCCAAACUUUACAAGCAGCGAUUUCACGGAAAGCGAGACUACCUUUGGAGAUAUGCAUUUAACAAAGCAGAAAAGAAAUUGUUAUUAGACGGUGAUUCAAGCGUGGAUAACAAUUGUCGUCGCCCUGUUCUACGUAUUUUGAAAGGAAUGCUUCAUUACAUGAAUUGGCCAGGCCUUCGCUCGUACCACAUGAAAACAAUUCUGUUGCAUGAAUACGAGACCUGGGGCGAAAGUGAUAAAUGGAAGCUCUCUGAACUGGGAGCUAGAGUUCGGUCUGCUACAACACGACUCAGUCAGUGUUUGAGUUCUCAGAAACCAAAAUUGAAACAUUACUUUUUGUCUGACAUAAACAUCUUAGACGGUAUAAACGAGGAACAAAGAAAACAGAUUUUAGAGAGCUUGAAAGCGUUCUCUAACAGCCCUGAAACUGCAGUGGCCAAUCUCUUGACAGCUCAAGCUACUUCAAAUGAGAAAAAGCAAGUUGUUGAUGCAUGUAAACCGUACGUCAGCCUACUGAAAGGUUUUAUGGAGAGAGUAAGAGCUGUUGCACAGGAGCAAAACAAUGAACAGAUUUUGGAUAUUUGCCGAGAAUUUGAAGGUGGCCCGAUGUUAGCAUUUGAAAUGAAAAGCUCUUGUAAGCUCUAGUUUCUACAAAUCAAACUCUAAAACCUUUUAAACUUUAAACGUGUUAAAUUAUCACCACUUUACAACGUGUUAACUAUUUGAAUUUUGUGUUCUAAAAGUUUUUUAGUUUCUCCUUGUCGUUAUAGAUAUUUGUUAUAGCCAGUUUUGCAUAUUAAAAAUUGUGAAUUUUUACAUGCACAAAUUCUAAGUUAUGAAUGACAAUAGGUGAUAAGAUGCAAUAUUUUCUAACACUUACAUCUCCUAUGUAAUUUAUUUUUCCAUACUUAACAAACAG